GAUGCUGAAAAGACACGGCUACUUGAGGAGGUAGCUUCACUCGAAAGGGCUGCACGCACAGCGCGUACCGAACGGGACGAGGCUCUUGAAGAAGUAGCUACUCUUUUGAAUGCAAAGAAUACAAAUAUUGAGGAUAAGAAACGCUCCGAGGCACAAAUCCUUAGAAUGGAAGAUGAGCUAGAGGAAAUGCACACAGCGCUCGAAUCGGCUGAGGACCGUUAUAAGCGGUCUAUCCAGCAGUUAGAACAAGCACAAGCUGAUCUGGGGAUCGAACGUAGUGCAGUUCAACUCAUUGAAUCGCAGCGUAUAGCGUUGGAAAAGCAGGUAUAUCUCUCAAUUAUACUAUCUAAGCAUUUUCUUAAAUGUUACUGA